GCUCUCACGGUCUCUUGGUCCCAUCCCUUGUUUCCCCGGUCGUCGCGCCGCCGUCGUCCGCCACCCCUUACUCAGGUCUCUCUCCCUCUCCCUCUAUAGAACCUCCUACUAGAACCCUAUCCAUCUUCCUUCUCGUAGCCGCAGCCGGGCGGGCCUCGCUCGCUUCUGGAUCGGUCGUGGGUUCGCUGGGGGGUGGAGUGGCUUUGGAAUCCCACUAGAUUCGAUUUUUGCGGCGGCGUGGUUUCAGCGCUAAUUUAAGAGUUCCGUAUGAACCAGAUUCGUUUCGUUCGUUUAGGCAUCGCUAGCUGCUGCUCAUUUGCGGUUGUCUGACUGAGGUGUCCUGAAGCGGAGCCGGACCUCCAGCUCCGGCACCGGCGAGACAUGGCUGCGGCGGCGAAGGAGGUGGACAUGAAGAAGAUGGAGCUUAUGAAGGAGGUAAGAGCGCACCAAGUGGCGAUCGGUGAGCUCAACAACCUGCCUCCAUCCAGGGCCGCGUACCAGAAGACCUGCAACAUCUUCUUCCGCAAGGACAUCAAAUCCGCCGUCGCGUCCCAACAGAAGCAACUUGAUAUCACCAAGGCGAAGCUGCAGAAGCUGGAUCAGGCAUCAUGAAGGUUCACUGCAGGAAUUAGCAGCUCCACGGCACAAUAAGCGCCUUUGAAGUCGCGACUUAUACUGCUUCUGCUGCUUCAUUCAUACAUCUCCGUGAAUCCUCUCCAAUCCAACUGUCUUAGGAAUGGCAGACAACGUGUAUGCAACUUAUAUAGUUUUCUGUGUAAUAAUGGUGGUGUCAUUACAAGCUGGUUGCCAGUUAUGAUCCAGUCUCAUUUCUUUCUGAAUAUGGAGAGUAGAUACCGGACUGUAGUCAAAAUAGAACCAUUAUGAAGGUGAUAGGAUGAUUUGAAGUCUUUCUGAACCGAUAAUCCAGUGACAGCUAACAUGGUUUCAUAUAUAUGCAUAUUUAUGUCCUGCCGGAUUGUUGAGUUA